AUGCAUGAAUGUUUAUUUGUCUGGUACGCAUGCGCUUUCGUAAACAGUCGUAAUCAGAUAGCUCACUUGCCCCGAACACUGAUUGCUAUUACUUGGUUAGUACAAUAGUGUAUUACGGUGUUUACGUAAGCAGUAUUGCCAUAAAUGCAAGAAAGGAUUCGACAAGAUUACUGACCAUCCGUGUGGCAAUCUGUGCAAGCUGUGUAAUACCCAGAACUGUUCCCUUGUUGAAUGGAAAUUUUGCAAGGACUGUAACCGGUUCUUUUUAAAGAACGCUCUUAAAAGAGCGAAUUAAGCUUGCUUUAACCGCCAUAAAGAUGAUACUGGUCCUUCCAAAUCUCUGUGUUGUGCUUUGUUGAAAUGCAAGAAAUGUCAACUUUUUGUUACUCAUGCCAGUCUUCGUGAUCAUCAUUAUGGUAAAGUCAGAUGUUCCAGAUGUGAAAAGUACGUCAAACCAGGAAACCAUCAAUGUUAUCUUCAACCUGUAAAGGCGAAGAGACGGACAGCUGAAGAAGGAAACGAAUUCCUAGAUGAUGACGUGGCCGUGGAUAAUGACGCGGAAGACACCCAAAACCUGAUUCCUUUGACUUUGAACACCCAAAACCUGGUCUUCCGUAAAACGUUCCUCCAGGAAAAUACUAUCGCCGUCAUUCCUCUUUGCGGAUGUUGCGGAUGCAAGCCUGAAAACAAACAAUCUGUCAUCGCCCUGAAAAUGUUGGCUUGGAUCGCUCAAUGCGAUAACAUUGUUAUUCGCCACGCCCGCAAUCAAGGCGAACAACGUAUUGGCAAGUACCUCGUCGAUGGGUUCAAUGCCGAACUCAACACUGUUUGGGAAGUUCAAGGGUGCCUGUGGCAUGGCUGCGAGAGAUGUUACACCAGAGACACUGUGAACUCUGUGAAUCAUAUGACCAUGCACGAUCUUCGACAACGAACACUGGAAAAAGUACGAUUCCUAGAUGAUGCUGGCUAUAAUGUUGUCCAGAUCUGGACGUGCGACAUCGAACGUCAACUUGCCAUAGAACCCGAGAUGAAGGAUUUCUUCGACAGUUUCGAGAUCUCUGAACCUCUGGAACCUUGUCAUGCAUUCUUUGGUGGAAGGACCAACGCAACACGGUCUUCUACGAGACACAACCUGGGGAAAAAGGUGCGUUAUGUAGACAUAACGCACUUUCCAGCCUCUACCCAUGGUAUGUAUCUUGUUAAAAACGUUUAACUUUAAACUCAAACGUGCUUGUUGUUAACUUUCUUAAGCAAUUGUUAGGUGUAACAAAUACGGGGAGUAUCCAUUUAACCACCCACAGAGACGGAGACACAAUGGGAGAACUUGACGAAACGGAACAAAAUAUGGAGUCGAAAUAUUUGUUGAAAGCAUCGGCUUUCCCUUCUGCAGUUGUGACUUGUUGGUCGUUGUGAGUCAUAGUGUCAGGAAGAGCCGGUCGUCUUAGCUUUAAAGAAUCUCCAGAAAUCCUUGGGUUUAUCUUUAACUGAGCUUGCUAGGGUGGAAAUGUAUUCACGCUUCUCAGAUCUUAUCAAGCUUUUGAUAUUGCGCCGUAGCUCUCGAAACCGUUCCCAAAUAUGAGGAGAGUUGGUCGACUUGGCUCUUUUCCUCAGCGUUUUCUUCGUACUCAAGGCGUGAAUAAUUUCUUGUGUGAAGGAGGCUUAUAUGAUCUUUUUACAUUAGACUUCGGGAUGAAGGAAUCAACAGCAGCGAGGAAUAGAUCUUUCCAUUUAGCCCAAGCGGUGUUGAUAUCGCUUUCUUUUUCCACAGUGUCUAACAAUGGAAGACACGUUAAUGUAGCACGGAGGGAAUUAGAUUCACCUUUCUUGUAUAGUUAUAAACCAUGCGUUUAACUGACUGUUUUACUCUCCUGUUUAAGUUAAUAUCCGCGGAGAUAGCUCUGUGAUCAGACUUCAAACAAACAUAAUCGUCAUCAGUAACAGUGAUAUUGUCAAUGAGAUAUUCGUUCGUUGUAAAAAGUAAAUCAAGGAAAUUUUGACCACGAGUUGGCGAAUUUACAAGUUGAAAGAGACCCGCUUCCUGCAACACAUCAAAGAAACCACUGUCGGUUGUUGAAUCAGAGAAGCCAGAGCCGUUUAACCAAUGAGCAGAAGGACAAUUAAAGUCACCAAUAAUAAUUAUAUCUUUUAGCUGAGAAUCAGCUACGCUUUUGACAAAACGGAUAAAUUCUUGAAGGAAUUCAGCGUCAGCAUUUGGAGGACGAUAGCAUACACAUACCAAAACCCUUUUCGGUGAACAGUUUAUAACGACGCUAACAAGUUCCAAGGAUUUGGAAGUAAAAUUAAAUGUGACGGUUUUGAUUGAAUUCUUAACUGCAAGUAGAACCCCCACCACCACGCUUGUUUUCUCUGUCACGUCUCAAUAUUCGAUAUGCGGUUGGUAACAGUUCAUAGUUGGAAAUGGAACUAUCAAGCCAUGUCUCCGUCAACGCAAUAACGUCAAACUGGUUAGCAAUAUUAUGGAAACAAGAUCAUUUACUUUCCUUUGAGUUACACGUGUUAUCCCAGUAGGUAGACUUAUACUUCUGACGUUUUGAUAAAAUACGCUAAAAGACCGACUACUGUUGGGCAGGUUUGUGGAGCCAGGAUUCGUUGCAAUAUCACCACUUAGUAGAAUACAGAGUAGUACUGUAUGUGCGAUUUCUUACUGUUUAUAUUGAAAUCCAUGAGGUGAAAACGUUUUGUGGGCAUGCUAAAUUUCUCUGAAUCACAUCACGGGUAGAAAUCCAUAUACAGCAUUGCUUUUCUGGCAAGAUCGUUAGUUCUGAAUUGAUAAAGACAUUUCCGGGAAUUUUUCUUUUAUUAUCUUGAACAAUCAAACUGGAUUUUGAUUUCAACGAUAGCCAUAAAAUUGCAGAAAAGAACAAAAACUGACCGAGCAGCGACAAUUUGAGUCCUGUUUUACUACGGGAUAAGUGACAUUAUUAUAUACACAAGGUCUGGAUAUGAGGUAUUCUGCAAUCUGAUUGGUUCUCUACUAGCAGGAUAUUAGCUCAUAUCCUGCUAGUAGAGAAAAACAAAAUGGCGGCCAAACUGAGUUUACGAUGUUUUGCAAACGAGAAAACGGCAAGUUGUCGCUUUUUAUAACCUUAACAGGCCAACUACCGUUCAAUCUCUCUGACGUGUCUGUGUUGCAAAUUCAUGGAACAUAUCAUUCUUAGCCACGUUUCAAUGCAUUUAGCAUAUCAUGAUAUUCUAAUUAAUGAACAACACGGAUUUCGCAAACUAUUAUCGUGUGAGACUCAACUAAUUACGGCAAUCAACGAUUGGGCAAAAAGUAUCAACCAGAAGAAACAAACCGAUGUGAUUCUCGUAGACUUCAGUAAAGCCUUUGAUUCUGUUCGUCAUCUUCGUUUGAUGUCCAAAUUAGACCAUUAUGCUAUUAGAGGACUUUCCGCCAAUUGGAUCAAGGCUUCUCUUUCCAACCGCUCUCAAGUUGUCUCGGUUAAUGGCUCCCACUCUCACCCUCAACCUGUCAUAUCUGGAGUACCUCAAGGAACAAUUCUCGCACCUGUCUUAUUUCUUCUCUAUAUAAACGAUAUUUCUGAGAAUAUUAAAUCCCAAAUUCGCUUGUUUGCUGACGAUGGAAUCAUUUAUAGAGAAAUUAAUAACGAUCAGGACCACGUCACGUUACAAGAGGAUUUAGACAAUCUAAAUAAUUGGGCUAACAAGUGGCAACUAAAUUUCAAUUUCUCAAAAUGCUACCACCUAGGAAUUACAAACAAACGUGUCCCUGAAACAUACAGUUAUAUGAUGAAUAAUCAAACAAUUAGCAGAGUAUCUUCUACCAAAUACCUGGGCAUUACUAUAAACCACAACUUGAACUGGAACAAACAUUGUGACGUCAUAUGUAGUAAGGCAAAUAGCACUCUUGGCUUACUUAGAAAAAUCCUUGGUGAAUGUAGCGCUGCUGUUAAAUCUAGAGCGUAUACUAGUCUCGUUCGUCCACAACUUGAGUAUGCUUCCACAGUCUGGAACCGUUACACCAAGAGGAACAUCAACAAGAUCGAGAUGGUUCAACGCAGAGCUGCUAGAUUUGUCUUCAAUGACUAUUCCAGAGCUAGCCACGUCUCUCCAAUGAUCGACCACCUGGGGUGGGACAAUCUCCAACAACGGCGACUGCUACACCAAGCCACCAUGUUCUACAAGAUCCUUCAAGGCCUUCUUGGCAUCAGUCUUCCUGAUGACGUGUGUCCUUUGACUAGAGCAUCCAGGCUACCUAACAUCUGUCCUUACCGCCAAAUUCAGUCGUGUGUCAAUGUAUAUAAGUUUUCAUUUUAUCCAAGAACAAUCGUUACCUGGAAUCACAUCCCAUUUAACAAUCCUUGCCUAUCAACCCCAAGUUUCAAAACACUUGCCAUGCCUUCAAUUAAGUCACUUAAUGUAGCUAAUUA